UACAGACCACCGAGGGUAGCGGUCGACUGGAGUUUCAGUGUAUUAAACUUCUUAUCGGCUUGAAUAAAUCUGCUUUUGAGAGUUACCUAAAUGAAAAAUAUUUUGUACGCCUUGUUGACGUUCUACAUAUAGACCUCAAGGAGACGGGAUGUGACUCCUUUGUCAUAGUUCACUAUAACUACUUGGGCUCAUCAAAAUUUUUUAACUUGGAAAAAACAUGGUAUGUUAUGAAGAUUACAUAUAAAUCUAUUGUAGGAUUCCAUAAUGCUCGUCGCCAGUUUAUGUUACUAGUAGCUAGGGAUAGUACGGUCUCAGAAAAUCAGUUUUUAA